GUGGCAUGAUGGCAUCAUAUUCUGGAUCUUGCAAAACAGCUUUUAAUAUUUCGAACUUCGUUGUUGCUACCGAAACAUUAUGAGGUGAGACAGAGAGGAAGGAAGGAAAAGAACAGAAAACAAAUCCGGGAGAGAGUGUGAAAAAGAAGGGGUGGAGACAAUCCUACAGACACAGAGACAAUACUGGAUCAAUCAUCAAUGUACUCAGUCCCCUCAGUUCAUUGAAUUCAUCAUCAAAUCUUGCCCUGCCCUCUCAGUGUCUUGAGCUUUUCCGAGAAAAAAAUAAAGAGCUCCAAGAGGAAAAGUUCAUAUUAACUUAUACAGCUUAUAUAUAUAGUCUUCAUUCAAUAAGCUUCCAACCACUACUUCACAGUACCUGUGAGCUUCAGUUGCAAAGCCAGAACGAGAAUGGAUGGUGUAAUUCUGUUGCAAAAGCAGUUAGUAGACUACUCAACCUCCCUCUACAAAGAGGGAUUUCUUGAUGAUCAGUUCAAACAGCUUCAGCAACUGCAAGAUGAAAGCAAUCCAGAUUUUGUGGUUGAAGUUGUGUAUCUUUUCUUUGAAGAUUCUGAGAGGCUUCUCAAUGAACUCUCCAAAACUCUGAGCCAACAAAUUGUGGACUUCAAGAAGGUUGACGCACAUGUUCAUCAGUUGAAGGGUAGCAGCUCCAGCAUUGGUGCGCAAAGGGUUCAAAAAGUAUGCAUUGCCUUCCGUAACUAUUGUGAAGAACAGAACACUGAAGGGUGCUUAAGAUGCCUGCAACUAGUAAAGCAUGAGUACUCCCUUGUGAAGAACAAGCUUGAAACAAUGUUCAAGCUGGAGAAGCAAGUUUUGGGAGCUGGUGGAUCAAUUCCUAUGCAUUGAGAUCUACUGAAGUUAUCAAUUUCAUUGUCCAGAAUAAACCAAAAAUAAAAAAUAAAAAAUCAAUGCCUGUAGCUUGGCUUCUGAAGAGUUUUUUUUUUUUUUUUUAAAAAAACCCCCAGAUACCAAGAGGGGUCUAUCUAUGAUGUUUUAGAGAUUGAGCUGAAGCUAUAUUGUGUUGUUUCAAAGUGUGAGCAAAGAGAGGCAAUGUGAAUAGGCCCUUGCAAGUGCUUUUCUCUAGAUUACAAGUUGUGAAGUUUUGCUUGCUUUUUCAGAAUUUCAAGUGCAAUUCUUGAUUUAAAAAAAAGAAUAUUGCAAAGAUGUUUGUAGUAGUUCAA